AUGUCCAUGCUCCCGACGUUUGGCUUCACGCAGGAACAAGUGGCGUGCGUCUGCGAGGUCCUCCAGCAAGGGGGGAACAUCGAGCGGCUCGGCCGCUUCCUGUGGUCGCUGCCCGCGUGCGAGCACCUCCACAAGAACGAGAGCGUCCUCAAGGCGAAGGCCGUGGUCGCGUUCCACCGCGGAAACUUCCGCGAGCUCUACAAGAUCCUCGAGAGCCACCAGUUCUCGCCGCACAACCACCCGAAGCUGCAGCAGCUGUGGCUCAAGGCGCACUACGUGGAGGCGGAGAAGCUGCGCGGCCGGCCGCUCGGGGCCGUGGGGAAGUACCGCGUGCGGCGAAAGUUCCCGCUGCCGCGCUCCAUCUGGGACGGCGAGGAGACGAGCUACUGCUUCAAGGAGAAGAGCCGGAGCAUCCUGCGGGAGUGGUACACGCACAACCCGUACCCGUCCCCGCGCGAGAAGCGCGAGCUGGCGGAGGCCACGGGACUCACCACCACGCAGGUCAGCAACUGGUUCAAGAACCGACGGCAGCGGGACCGAGCGGCGGAGGCGAAGGAGAGAGAAAACAACGAAAACUCCAGCAGCAACAGUCACAACCCAUUGACUUCUUCCAUGAAUGGAAAUAAAACUCUAUUGGGGAGCUCGGACGACGACAAAACACCUUCGGGCACGCCGGAUCACACGUCUCCGAGCCCGGCGCUCCUUCACGGCUCAACCCCCGGUUUGGCGUCGCUGCACGGCCUCGCGCCCCCGCCGGGACCCAGCGCCAUCCCGGUGCCCGGCGGCGUGGACGCCGUGCACCACCACCACGCACUGCACCACGACACCAUUCUGAACCCUAUGUCUUCGAAUCUAGUGGACCUCGGCUCUUAAGACGCCGGCGCAGGCACGGGGCCGCGCGCACCGGUUCCCUGGAGAAGUAAUUUACGACGCGGCGUGAGACGAGCUUCAAGCACUUGCGGCGUGUUGCAAGACAGACAGACUGGAACAGUGGGAAACAGCCGCCGCAGCAAAUCAUUUAGUCUCGUAUUCAACUUUUAAAGUCUUUUUUUAACAAGUGGGGGGAUCUGUCAGUGGGUGCAGUCCCCAAAUUAAACCUCUGCUUGUUUCGAGGAAUUUCUGGAAACAAGCGUCAAGACAGAUCAGGUACAACUUUACCGUCCUAUUGGCAAAUGUUCUCCUUAAUGCGCUUAAUUAAAAAUGACAAUUUUAGGGCGAAUAGAUGUGAGCUCUUUCAGACGGAUCACCUUUGCAGCGGUGGUGCAGAGAACGUUGAGGCGGAUCUAAGUAAAAUAUUAAAGACGAAGUAUUUUACAGGAAUGUAAUAACGCUAACAUGUUAUAUUGUUGAAAACAAUAACAAUAAAAUGUUUUAGGUCUUGUUACCGUUACCGUUGUUAUUCUAGGGCUUUAGAUAUAUCAACAGACUCCAUAGGCACCGACUUAAAGAUGCCCCGUCACCCUUUUGUUUACAUGGGGUUUUACUACAGAGCCAUAAGCCUUUUUUUGUUUGGUUUGGUUUGGGGAGCGGGGAUGGACGUAUGGGAUGAUGGGGUAUGAUAUUCUCAAGUGUCUUACAAAAGCCGUGGUGAGAUGAAAUAUCUUAAUCUCUUAUUAUAUUAUUAUUUUUCCUUUUCAUGUGGAAAGAGACUGCAUGUAAACUUUGCGACAAAUGAUGAACACGUAAAAAAGCGAUUCACCUAUAGUUUCAUAUACCCUUUACAAUAAAAGAAAAAGAACUGAA